CUACUAUAGUUGCACGGAGGGAGGGGGGUGUGGGGGCGCUACUAUAGUUGCACGGAGGGAGGGGGGUGUGGGUGCCGCUGUAGUGCUGGCGUUCCCUUGCCGGUACCAUGGAGUUCCCGGAGCCGCUAGGGGACAUGCAGGAGCUGAGCAGGGAGUUGCACAGAGUGUCUUUAUUAGGAGCCUGCGGGCAGGAGUCGCCAGAAGAGGAGGCGCCGGAACUGCACUUACACAGGCUCCUGCGGUUACGAGAACAAGUGAAACACCAGCGCCUCGAGGUCCAGGCUGUGAAUGAAGCCAGUGAAGAAAUUUCCCCAGAAGCCCUUUCAUCAGAAAAGCUGUCUGAAAUAGCAAAAGAAUUAUUAAAAGAUAUUGAAGAUGUUAAAGUUUCGUUCCAAAAUAAAACAAUGGUGCUCCAGAGAAUGCAGAUUGUGAAUGCACUUCUCAGUAAAAUACAAGAAGCCAACGGUGAAUCAAAGUUAAUACAAGAGAAAUUCACUCACAUUUUGAUGCUCUCCUCUUCAGUAAUGAACUUACAACAGGAGACACGAGAUUUGGAGGAAAAAAUGUAUGACAUCAGAAAGAAGAGAUUAGUGCUCAAGGAACAAGGCUCUGCUAAAAUGUUAGAGAUUCAAACGAUGAAAAGCAACUGGAAGGCUAACAGAGAAGAAAUGAAAAAUGAGAAAAUAAAGCGGUUGCACAAAGUCCUUAAAGAAGAAAUAGACAGUGUAACAGUCCUACAGAACGUAUUUCAGAAUAUCAUUCUUGCCAGCCACGUUGAUUGGGCAAAGUAUCCACAACUAAAAGAUAUCGUUCUGAGGCUGGAAACAAAUGCAAGCUCGUUUGUAUAAUUGUUUUCUUUCGGCAAAUAAUUUUUUUAAUUGAAAAGAGUGACGCUAAUUGCUCUGUGUAAAAUGCUGUAGAGCUCCCCUAGUUUUAUGUAUGUUAAUUUAAAUUAUGCACAUUUUAUUUGUAUUUUUAAUUGUUUCUUUGUAAGUUUUUCUUUGUUUUUUUAACUGUAGAUAUUUGUACAUAGAGUAAUGUCUGUAUAUACAUCUUUUAACACUUCUGCUCAGAAUAAGAGCGGAGAAAACCAGCAGGUGGCAAAUCAGAAAAAAAGUUAAUGAAAGGAAGUCACACAACAGAUUAAUUUGGCAUACCCACACACUAGGAUAUUUGUGCCAUAUUUUGUGGGUGACCUGAUAACCAGCCUGACUGGCCUGCUAUUAGUAAAUAGUGCAAGUCUCUACCGUCCCACAAUACCCAGUAAUUUGAGUUUUCAGGCUUGGUUUUCUAUUUUUAGCCAGCUGGCUGUGGUGCGGUGUAAUUGGAAGAACUAACAGGAGGGUGAAUGCCUCUAGACUAGACCUUUUAGAAAAUUACAUCUAAUGGAACAAUAGUCAAGGUGAGGCAGACAUUAGUCUUUUGUGCUCUUAUGUUCUGUUGCGCAAAAGCAGUCAGGGCUCAAAAUUCUAUACUCAUGCUGUUGGUCUCCAUUAUCCCACUUACAAAGAAAAAAUGAGAGAUUUCUACAAUAAACAGUAGUAUUAAAUGCUGCAUAAGUAUUUACUAAGUCUUAAGGCAAUAGCAAGCUUUGCCCACUUGCAGUUGAUCCUCCACUGUCAUUCAGGUUUCAACCACUCCGAGUGCCAUUGUCCAUAGAGAGUUGCGGCUGGCUGCCUCUUUCUUGGAGAACUAGUUAUGGUAAUUUUUGUUUACCAGCAUUUUAUCCAAAAGAGCUGCAAUAUUUUAUGUUCUCUGGCUGCCCUGUUACUCGGGUUGCUGCUGCGCAAAGAAGUAACAUUGCAGCUAUGUGUAGCUGUAGCGUCUGGCUUGUCUUGGUGCAACUGAUUGCAUAGAAGGCUACAUAUACAGUGUCUGACCUCGUGACAAAGAGUGCAAUGUUUCCACACUAAUUCUGUAUGAUGCCCGAUGCAAUAAAGAAUUUGUGAAUCUAA